AGAGCAGAGUUCCUCCAGAAAUUCUAUCAAGAUGAAUUUUGAGUUUAUAAUUCCCUCCACCAAGGAUGACCUUCUAAAUAAGACACAAAUCAAUCAGUAUGUUGUUGAUGAGGUUUUGUCAUUCAGGGAAAUCCCAGGCAGUCUACAAGCUCUAAAGAGCAGUUUCCGUGUCAAUGGAGCAAAAUGUUUGCUGGAAAAUUUUGAUGUUUUCUUCAGUAUACUUUGUUUAAGAAAAGAUGUACAGCCUGAUUUAAAAGAGGAUGCCUGGCAGCUACUUCUGAAAGUUGCCAAAUCGCUGGCUACAGAAGUAGCAAGUGUGUUGGAGGAUACAUCAUUAGAGCCAGGGUCACGUCUUUCUCACCUGAACCAGGUCAAGAUGUUAUGUUACCUGCUCUGUCAAUUCAUGGAAAUGUUUGAAGAUGACAGUAAAGAGAAGUCAGAUGUCAUUACCACUGGAAAGGGUCGUAAGAACAAGAAAUCCACAGAUAUGGCUAUAGAUUGGGAGGUGGAGAGAGAAAAUGGAGUGAAGGCUUUGCUGCAUCUUGUGUCUCUGAACAUUCUGAGGUUAUGGGAUCCACCCAUAGCAGAAGCAGAGUUUGUCAACAUGGUUACAAAUUUAGUUUACAAACUGUUGGAGAAUCCUGCUGUUGUUUAUGUGAAAGCCAAGGAAACAAGGACUGCUAUAUUUAACAUUGUAGGAGUCAUGGUGAAGCGUUACAACCAUGGCCUUAGUGCCAGUCUGAAGAUCCUACAGCAGUUACAGCACUUUGAACACUUGGUCUCUCCACUGGCUGAGAUGACCAGCAUCAUCACCACAGACUAUGGUAACAAGAGCAUGGUAGCAGAAAUCAUGAGAGAGAUUGGAAGGAAGGAUCCAAAAGACCUGGUCCGGGAUAAUACAGGGACAAAAUCCUUUGCUACUUUCCUGGUGGAGCUUUCUGAGAAGGUGCCUGGAGUGAUGAUGUCGUAUAUCAGUGUGGUCCUCUGUCAUCUUGAGGGAGAGUCUUACACAAUGAGGAAUGGUGUCCUGGGGGUGAUGGGAGAAAUUUUGCUUAAGGUGCUCAGUAAAGAUGACCUUGAGGACAAACUCAAGGACACUCGAGAUCAAUUCUUGGAGAAGCUAGAGGAACAUAUUCAUGAUGUAAAUGCUUUUGUCAGAAGUAGAGUGCUGCAGAUUUGUUUGACUCUAGUAAAUGAGAAGUGCCUGCCCCUGCCUCGACAUGAGCAUCUGCUGGGUCUCUGUAUUGGACGAUUAAAGGAUAAAUCUUCACAAGUCAGAAAACAGGCCAUACAACUUGUCACUGCCUUCAUCAAGUCUAAUCCUUUUGCUGCAAAGUUGUCAUUGGAGGAACUAAAGGCAAACUAUGAAAAAGAGAAAGAGAAGCUUGAUAGCAUGGCUCCUGAGGAACAAACCAGUGUCUUAGAGGACUCGGCAAUGGUGAAAAUUGAUGAAGAGUGGAAACCUCUGGAGAAGAAGCUGAAGAGAGCUAUGAAGAAGGCAGAAGAGGAGGAAGAUGAGAACAUGGAGGAAGGAAACAGUGAAGAUCUCAUCCAGGAUGAAGAGACUGCUAACAGUGUGAUGGACAGGAUCUAUAACCUGCUGACUGAAGAGAAAUUUACAGAAGCUAAAUCUUUACUGGGAGCCUUUAAAGAUGCCUUCCCUGACAAUUCCUUCAUGCAGGAAAUGGCAAAAGAAAGUCAGAGUGAGGCUGAUGGGGAGGAUUCUCAAGGCUCAACAGGCAUCUCCACUGAUGUUGGCUACCUCAAAAUGAUUUUCUAUGGUCACAAGAAGCAAACUCUGGCUAUAUCCUCUGGAUUAGAGGAGGAGAAAGAAAAGGAAAAAGACCCUAUAGUGAAUGAAGUUUCCAAACAGCAAGUCCUUGUACAAUAUCUGAAGGAUUGCUGUGCUUUUGCGACCCAGAUUCAGGCUUCAGUUCCAGUCAUUUGUCAGCUGUUGGGGUCUAAGACUAUUACAGACAUACUGGAAGCCAUUGAUUUCUUUGUGACAGGGUUUGAAUUUGGGGUGACGCUGACAAUGAUGGGGAUACGUCGUAUGUUACACUUGAUAUGGUCAAGGGAGGCAAGUGUGAAAGACGCAGUGGUGGCAGCAUAUAAAAGACUAUACCUCAAUCCUCAGGUUGGAAAUCAAAGAUCCAAAGCUUUCUCAGUUGUGAAGAAUCUCUCAGCUCUCUUGUCUGGGGCCAAUCUAGGAGACUUAACAUCUUUGGAGGGAUUGAUGGUGGAGCUGAUGAAGUCUGGGGAGAUUGACCAGGGUGUUAUACAAAUGUUGUGGGAGAGGUUUGCUAUGAAGGUUCCCAAUACUACAGUAGAGGACAGUAGAGCAGCUGUCACACUGCUCUACAUGAUAGCAGGGGCAGAUAUGGGUGUGGUUAACAGUAACAUAGAUGUACUUGUGAAGGAGGGUCUUGGAGAAAGAGCAGACUCUGACUUCAUUUUGGCACGGGACACCUGCCUGGCAUUGUUGAAGCUGGGACCACCCAAGAAGGUGCAAGGACAGUUACAGGCUGAGCCAUUUAGGUUCCCCCAAAAUCAUGACAUGUUCGACCGGAUACAAACACUACUCAUCAAUGGGGUACAACAGUUGGACAAUCCAUAUUGGAUUCCAUUUGCUGAGCAGGCCAUAAAUGUUAUAUAUAAGCUGGCAGAACAUCCAGAUAUUAUCUGUGGUGACAUCAUCAAAGCACUGGCAAAGGAAGUCAUCAAAGCUGAGAAACAGAACCAGACUCUUAGUCAAGUUAAUAUAAUGGAAGAAGACGAGCCAAUGGAAAGUCAACCAGAGAAAGAACCAGACAGCCAGAGUAAAGAACCAGAGAGCCAGGGGAGUGAUGCCAGUAGUCAACCUAGCAGCCAGGAGGGUGGUCCCCCAAGUAGCCCACCUAGCUCCUCGGCCACAGUAAUUCUUACUCGUCUGAUCUCAGUGGCAGGUCAUGUGGCCUUUAGACAGAUGGUUCAUUUGGAUACAUAUGUGUUCGGAGAGUUAAAACGACGCAGGGCCAUACAAGAACAGAAAAAAGAUGUAAAAACACCCAAGGCUGACAGACGAGGAAGCAAAGUGGACAAAACAACAGCAUCAGAAGCCAUUGAAGAUGAACUUGGUUUGGCAGGAGCAGCAGAGGAAGAUGCUGAUGCAGAGUACAUCCGAAAAGUGUGUGAUGUGGAAAUUGUAUCAGGAGACUCUUUGUUGGGCUGUAUUGGUCCCCUUCUGGUUACUGUGUGUACCAAUCAGAGCAGAUACUCAGACCCUAACCUCAGGACGGCCGCCACUCUGUCUCUAGCUAAAUUCAUGCUUGUCAGUUCUGACUUCUGUGAGAAUAACCUCCAGUUGCUUUUUACGGUGUUGGAGAAAUCCCCUUACCCAACAAUCCGUGCUAACACUAUCAUAGCUCUGGGAGAUCUGACUGUACGAUUCCCUAACCUGAUAGAACCCUGGACUCCACAUAUGUAUGCCAGAUUAAGAGAUGACUCUCAGACGGUUAGGAAGAACACUCUACAGGUACUGACCCAUCUGAUCCUGAAUGACAUGGUCAAGGUGAAAGGUCAGAUCAGUGAAGUGGCUACUUGUGUGGUGGACCAUGAUGAGAGGAUCUCCAGUCUAGCCAAACUGUUCUUCCAUGAGCUCUCACAUAAGGGGAAUGCUAUCUACAAUAUCAUGCCAGAUGUGAUCAGCCGUCUGUCUGACCCAGAUGUUGGAGUGGAUGAGGAAAACUUCAGAAUCAUCAUGAAAUAUCUGUUCUCAUUCAUCCAGAAAGACCGGCAAUGUGAGAGCCUGGUGGAGAAACUCUGCCAUCGCUUCAGGGCAACAAAGACUGAUAGACAAUGGCGGGAUUUAUCCUUCUGUCUAUCUAUGAUGUCGUACAGUGAGAAAUCAAUCCGUAAACUCCAGGAGAACUUUGCCUGUUUUGGUGAUAAAUUGGCAGAUGAGGAGGUGUACAGCUGUUUCUGUACAAUUAUCAGUAAAUCCAGGUCCUUUGCAAAGCCAACAGCUAAGACAUUGAUUGAUGAGUUAGAACAGCGCCUCCAGCAGUGUCACACUAAAGGUCUGGAGGAGGGGGAUAUUGCCGUAAAAGCCAGUCAGGCUUCACAGGCAGCAAGUCUGGCCAAGGGCAAGUCCAAAACUAAAGGAGCUAAAACCCCCGCCAAAGGCAAAACUCCUGCUCGUGGGAGGCGUGGGGGCCGCCGGCAGAUAGAUAGUGACAGUGAUGGAGACUUUGUUGAUGGUGAUGAGAAUACUACACCACCAAAACGCCAGACCAAAAGGAAAUCAACACGACAGAAACCUAAAGUGUCCUUUGACUCAGAUUCUGAUAGCGAAAUAGAAUUGUUUGACCUCGACAAAUCCUCCCAAGGGACUCAAGGGACGACAACGGGUGACGGUGAGGAAUCCGAUGACUCGGACAUCAUACCCACAAAACGAACAGGGAGGCGUGUCCUAAACUCCCCACGGCGGAUAGUGCCACUCCAGGACCUUAAUGGGGACGUAUGACAGGGAGAUGAAACAUCCCCACCCACCUGAUGAAUAUUGACCAAUAAAAAGAAUGAAAAAUUGCUAACUUUGACAUUAUCUCAUUCUUGCUAAGAUACCAAUCAUUUUUAUCGCAAUAACUUAUACAUUUAUUAAUAAACACAGUUCAAAUAUUUAAA